AGUUUACUCAGAUUAGUUUAUUUUUUAUUUAAAAGUACAAUACUGUACAUAAAAAAUGAAAAUGGUUUCUGCUUCUUCCUUUGGUAGUUAGCAACAGUCCUGACCUAUAUAGCGGGAAGGAGACUACCAUCAACUGACCCUCUCGAUUGUUCCUCCUCAUUGCUUGAUUGUUCUAUUCUUAAUUGCUUAUAACUUCUAGGUUUUCUUUGUUUUAGAUUUCUUUGAAGAGUUUUUAUUGGAGGUAAUGUUUCAUAACUACCCAGCUUUUUAUUGAAAAUUUGAAUACUGCUUUGACGAUUUUUAUUUGACGAGUUUUGUUUCUGUUGUUUAUUCGUUCUUGUCAGUUUUUGUUUGCUUUUAGAUUCUACAGUGUUUAUUUCUUUGGAUGUUUCAGAUGUUAUAUCGGUUUCUAUACUCGUAAGACUUCCCUCUUGAAAGAGUGGAUAUACACAAUAUUUGUUAAGAAUGUUUGGCAUCCAUGCAUUGACAAACAGUUGUUUCUUCAGGCUUAUUCCCAUUUGUCCUUUGAGGAUCUCUCCUAUCAUAUAUUUCAUAGAAUCGUCCUCAUCCCAGCCAUGCUCACGACCUUGAUCGUCCAACUUCUUCAGCCAAUCAGAACGAUCUUUGAGUAACAAUUGCUUUUCCAAUUCUCUGAUUUCACGUUCACGCUUUCUGGCCUGGAACAUUUCCAUUUUGCAUUUGCAAUAUUUUACUCAAGUUUCAUGAAAGACCAAAAUGCUGCAUUUAAUAUCGUACUUAAAAGUAAGUAUAACAUUAAAUGGGCACCAAUACUGGCGUUGGCAUUUUGUUAAUUCUGUAAUACCAAAUCAUUAUUUUCCAAUCACUUGCAUGUAUCAAGGCUAGACAUUUUAAAAUGUUUUAUAGAGUGCAGGUAUACCCCCCCCCCCCCGUAUACGGAAAACUGCCGUAUAACAACUUUACUUUUUUUUAUUGUAUUUAAAUGUUGAAGUGAAUGAUGAGACGGGGUUGACUAAUUGUGUACCUGUACAAUCUUUUGUCUCUCUAAAUCACAUUUUGUUGUCAUCAAUGACACCGUCUCGGCCAUAUUCCGUGCCCUUAUUUGCUUUGACGUCGUUCCUAUAGCCGCAUAAUAGUUUGAACCAUCUAAAGCACCAGUUACCAAAUAGUCCGGUUUGAAUUUUGACAUUCUUCCCAUUUUCGUUUAAUGUUGGCUAUCUAGUUCAGUUUCCUGGUAGCUGCGUAUAAACAAUUCCUAGACAUUUGUUAUGAAAUCAAAAUCAUAACCUUGACAACGAGAUCAGUGAAGAUAUUGUUACAUCACAAAAUAUAUGAAAAAGUCCAUAAGAGCGUGUUGUGACGUCAUGUUGACAAACUACUGCUUCCAAGGCAAACACCAAUGCUUUUAAUUUGUUUUAUCUAAUUUAGAUAUAAAUGACACAUGUUUGGAAAAUGACACCACAGAAAAUAUUUUUGAGAACGUGAUGGUUGAAAAAACGAUGAACUCAAAAUGGCUUUUUGACCUUAAAAAUGAACGAACAGGGUUGAAAAUAUCCAAAUCUCCGAAAAGAAAAGUUCUGAAAAAGAAGGUGAAAGCUCCUGCAACUGUUGCUACUGCACAGUACAGUGAUAAACCACAAGAAAACAACAAGAAGAAUACGAAUAUCGAUGAGGAUAGGCUGAGUUUUGAAGAUGUUGCUAUUUUCUUGCUGGAGAAUAUAGAUAAGGAAAGGGCAACCAUUAACCAGAAAUUACCAGUGCGCCCACAGCACAUCAAGCAAAAUGGGACAUUCUUUCCAGAGAGAAAGAUCAAACGACGAAGACAACGACAACGCUCUACUGGCACGGAUGCUAGCGGGAGUACACAUAACAUGAAUACAGUAACGUCCAUCCCUUCUUUACAGUUAAAAGUGAUUGAAAAAGAUGGCCAUAAAGUUACUACCCUUUCAUCAAAAAAUUCUCACACAGAAAACAGUAGUUACACUAAAGCUAGCUUGCCCGAAGUUGAGUCCUACAAAUCAAUCCAAAAGCCUCAAGAAGGGAGUGGGGGCACGUUGUAUGGACAUAAACCACACAAAGACGUUCAACGGAAAUCCAGUUUGGCAUUGGCCACCGAGUCGGUUUGCAAGAUUUUAGAUACUGUUGACAGUAUCAGGAUUAAAAGUAUCAAUGGCAAAUCAUUACCUGGUAUUUCUAAUUCAUCCAUUUCCUCAUGCAGGACCAAUGCCAGACGAGCCAGCAUCUCUAGCACUACUAUCCCAAGAUUACCGAGGAUUAACUGAAUUCAAAAACAAUGGAAACAAAUUCUGAACUCGUUUAUUGCUAUUAAUAUUGUCAUUAUAUUCAUUAAAAUUCACU